AUGCCUACCCCAGCAUCUGUAAACCGCUCGCCGUCAUUUUCCAUCAAACACAUUAGGUCUCAAGCAUCCUUAUCGUCCAUCGAUCCCCGAGCGACCCACUAUCAGGACCCAGCGGCUCGCCUAAAGCUUCGGCUUUAUCUGGCAUCUCCGCAAAAAUUUGACGAAGCGGUUGAAUUUGGAUUCCCUUCUGUCAAAGGGAACAAUCAACGGCUACCGGCAAGGCCAAUGACAAGCCCGCAACCUUUCCAAGACACAAAUCGAACCUUCUUCCAUGAUGAUACUCCUGAGCUUUCUGGAGAUGAGGGAGACGAUGCAGAUGAACCAGACACUCUUUAUGACCCUAGAACACCUGAGGACCCCGUGUUCCAGAUGCACCGACCUGUUCAAAAGAACAGCAUGGAGGCUAGCGGAAGUCUGCGGCCCUUCUCUCUGCGUCGGAAGACCGAGUCAUAUGCACGGGGUAGCACAACAGAACGUGAAAUGACUCUCCACAUGACGCUCACCAGACCGGAUCUCCGAGCGCCCGAGGAAAUCCCUCCAUUGCCAUUACCAACCCAUGUCAAGGUUAAUCAAAUCCCAUUGGAGCGACCACAGCUGAAUCUGGACGGCAACCCAAUGUCCAUUUGGGACACCCUACCGACGGAAGAAUCCAAAGUGAAGCGAUUUUUUCGGAAAUUCAAGCUGAAAUGA